AUGAAUGCAAAAGCAAGCUCUGAAGGUGAGGAAGAAGACUUGGGAAUGAAGACUGAGACCCUGGGGGAAAGCAGAUACUCGGGAGAGGUCAAGAGGGGACAAGCGAUCCUUGUUGCCUACCUGAUUGCGACCCUUGAGCUGACCUUCCUCUUCAUGCAGAUGGGAGUCAUGCCUUACUUGGCAAAGAGCCUAGGUUUGGAUUCAGUGGGGUUUGGCUACCUCCAGACAACCUUUGGUGUCCUCCAGCUUGUGGGAGGUCCCAUUUUCGGAAGGUUUGCAGAUCAAUUUGGCACCCGAGCAGCCCUAAUUCUCUCCUGUGUGUCUGGAAGUGCCUUUUUCCUGCUCAUGUCCAUCUCCACCAGCAUUCCCCUCCUCUUUCUCUCCAGGCUGCCAGGAGUGUUCAUGCAUGGGCUACCAGGUGCUCAGAAGGUUAUUACAGACCUGACUGCUCCGUCCCAACGUGCUGAUGCUUUGGGGAAGCUGGGUCUUUGCUUUGGAAUAGGUAUCAUCAUCGGCUCUGCACUGGGAGGUGUCCUCUCCACCAAAUUCGGCAUUUUUGUUCCUAUAUAUGUUGGGCUGGUGGGAAGUCUCAUAAAUACCAUGAUAGCAAUGGUCUGGAUCCCUUUGCAGGCUAGACCAAAGUCAGACCACCAUGUGACAGAGAACAGCACAUCACAGUCUGGCAGCGUGUUUAGCAUCAGAGAAAUCCUACGCCUGAUGAAGUUUCCAGGAGUAAUGGAAGUUUUCAUGGUCAAGGUCUUUGCUGGACUUCCCAUAGGUUUGUUCCUGGUUAUGUUUUCCAUCAUCUCUAUGGAGUUCUUUGGCUUGGAAGCAGUGGAGUCUGGAUACCUGAUGUCAUAUUUUGGUGUCCUUCAAAUGGUUAUCCAGGGUCUGGUAGUUGGAAAACUCACUAAGCACUGCACAGAGAGGACCCUGCUCAGGCUCAGCGUCUUUGUCUUCGCUGGUGUGGGCCUAGGCAUGGCCCUGAUGAGGACCGUGUGGCACUACUGCAUCAUUGCAGUGCCGCUGAUGUUCGCCUUCAGCACGCUGGGCACCAUCACUGACAGCAUCCUUACCAAGGCCGUCCCCUCCUCUGACACUGGUACGAUGCUCGGGAUUUGCGCCUCAGUGCAGCCCUUGACCCGCACCGUGGGCCCCACCAUCGGUGGAGUAUUAUACAAACAAUUUGGAGUCUCCUCCUUCGGCUAUUUACAGCUAAUUGUCAAUAUAGGCUUGUUUGUUUACCUCUUGAAGAGUAAAAUCCCGCUGAGAGAGAUGAAAAACCAAUAA